AUCAACUGGUUGAACCGUCAAAUCUCGGAAUCCUACUCCACCAGUCUACAUAAUCGUCUGAAGUCUUCCGGUGUCCCAGUUCCCGGUGUCAGUGACGGUCUCUUCGGCCUAAACGAGCCGAAAAUGCCUUUAGAGGGUGGCGCUAACGGGGCGUCUGCACUGAAACCGAGUCCCUUUUCGGCCGCACCCUACCCGCCCCUCUCCGAUUUGCCGGGCUUUGAUAGACGCGCAACACCGAGCCUUGAUAGCCAGUCAGUUUCUUGUGACGAGAAACAACAACAGUCCCUAACCUCCGCAUUCUUCCCCCAGACUAACACGGCUAGGUGA